GCCUCGGUACAGAUCGGUCACGCUUCCGACUCCACGCCUCCACGUUCUUGAACUCCACGGUCCGGCCUCCGCAAGCUGAACUAGCACAUGCAUUUAACGUUUCCAUCAUCAUCGCUCAAGUCUUUUCAGGAGUUACUUCUACAACUUCUUCCCAUUGCGACUCAGGUUAUGUGGUGAGAGCCGUCUGACGGCUAAACAUCAAUCAUGGCUAUUCGCGAGGAUCUCGUAUCCUCUGCAACCCAAUUUCUCCAGGACCCGAGUGUCGCGUCAUCCUCUGUCGAGAACCGCAUCUCAUUCCUUCGAAGCAAGAACCUGACCCAAGAAGAAAUUGACGUUGCGCUGGCACGAACAGGUGGUAGCGCACCCCCAGCUCCCAACGCGCCUUAUCCCAGCGCUCCCGCCGGCCCUCCUCCUGGUCAACAAUACUAUCCCCCCUAUCCACAGCAUGCCUGGCAACCACCGCCACCUCCUCCCCGUAGGGACUGGAGAGACUGGUUCAUCAUGGCCACAGUAGUUGGAGGCGUCUCUUAUGGCCUCUAUGAGUUAGGCAAGCGCUACGUAUAUCCAAUGGUCGCGCCUCCGACACCGGAGAAAUUGGAACAAGACAAGAAAUCGAUCGAGGACCAAUUUGACCGAGCUUUCACGCUUGUUGAGCAGCUUGCGAAGGAUACGGAGAGUCUGAAGAAUGCUGAAAAGGAGCGAACCGAAAAGCUGGACGCAGCGAUCGCGGACCUCGAGACAGUCAUGACCGACCUCAAGGCUGCGAAUCGUCGUCGGGAGGACGAUGCGACCCGAAUUCGUGACGAGGUUCAGUCUCUCAAGGACGCGAUUCCUAAGGCUCUCGAGAACCAAAAGGGCCUGACUGAUAACCGGCUGAAGGAGAUCAACACUGAGCUCACCAGUCUCAAGACAUUGGUAUCUCAGCGCAUGACCACCCCCAGCAGCACCACCGGUUCUUCAACCAUGAACACCUAUAUGCGAGGCACAGCCGGAACUGUCGGUGCUAGUGGAAGCUCCAGCGCAGCUACUCCUGCUGCCUCUACCUCGACUCCCGCUGCUAAGACUAACGGAGAGAAAGCCACAGUUGAAUCGGCUACUACCACUCCUGCUGCAGAGGUCCCCAAGCCUACAUUCCCCUCUGCUCCUCAACUUAACCGUUCAUCCUCCCCUCUCGCCAACAUGACCGGCAAGAAGUCUAUCCCUGCUUGGCAGAUGGCCAUGGCUAACCAGAAUGAUACAUCGUCGACUCAGGUCAAGGCCGACGAGUCAAAGGCUGGCGCUAGCUCCAGCUCUUGAAACAGUGAAGAGUAUACUUGACCAUAAUUGUACAAUAUUUAUGCAUCCAUAGUUUUGGAAUAAUCGGGUCUGUUGAAUGGAGGUGUUUACGUGGCGGGAUGGUUUGGUAUUGUAGCGUUAUAUCACCAUUGUCAAUUUUACCACAUUACUUAUUUGA